AUGGAUAAAGAACAAGAGGAAAAGAGAGGAGAGAUUCAGAGAGCAACACAUGAUGAUGAUGAUGACAGAUCUGAAGAUUCUCAACUAGACCAUAUUCCUUUUGAUCUAACCUUGGAGAUACUCUUAAGACUUCCUGCGAAAUCGCUUGUGAGAUUUCGCUGUGUCUCAAAGCUAUGCUCUUCGUUAACCACACUCCCAAGUUUUAUCAACUCGUUCCGAUCUCGGUCAUCUGCACGGCCACCGCGUCUUCUUUUCACCUUCGUAAUAGAGACGAAGCGAUUCGUCUUCUCAUUUCCUCAACACCAUAAUCACGACGGGUCUAAUCCUCCUUUCUACAGUUAUCAAACAACAAACCCUAGUUUUAUGGCUUAUAACGGGCCCAACACGCUAUCUGGGAGCGUCCAUGGCUUGGUUUUAUUAGCCGGAUUCAAGAUUUGGAACCCAAGCUUUACUCGGUUUUUAACCUUACCACAUCCUAUAGAAAACAUCUCGAGUGAUAAAUAUAGAUCUUAUAUAGGAAUAGGAUACGAUCCAUUGGAGGAUAAACACAAAGUAUUGUUUGUAUCAUUUUUCGAACAUUUCGAACAACCGCAGGUUCUUACGUUGGGAGCUAAAGAAUCGUGGAGAACAAUACCCAAAAGUUGCCCUGAGCAUUACCCACCUUACGGAGGUGGGCGAUGCGUCAAUGGUAUUCUGUAUUAUGAAGCUAGAGUUGUAGGUGUUGAUCACGACUUAAUAAUGAGCUUCGAUGUCACAUCUGAAAAGUUCAAUCAUCCGAUAAAGUUUCCCAACACUAAUUUUCGUUCGGAACGUAGUAGGAUGUCGUCUUAUGAGGGAAAGCUUGCCUUAGUCCAGACUAGCUAUCCCUUUGGUUAUAUUGGUCUCUAUGUUUUGGAAGAUGCAGUUGGAGAUGAAUGGACUCAUAAAUGGUUUUGUGAUGUAAAUUGUAACAGAGAAUGGAGAAGGUAUAUACUUUUCCAGGGUAUUACUGACGCCGGUGAGCUUAUUUUUGCACCAUGUGGAUGGCAUGAAUCCUUCUUUAUUUUAUAUUUUGAUCCGAGGACAAAACGUAUUAGAGAAGCCUUGUUUGAAGGAAUGAUGAGUGAAGAAAUUAAACACAGUUAUAACCAUUCUAAGUACGAUACAUUAUUCAACUUACAGGUUUUCCCAAAUCACAUCGAGAGUCUCUUGUUGUAA